AUUGCUGUUGGGAUGAAGCUUCAUGGUCUUGGAGUCCUUUUAGCCAUCCUCCUCUAUGAACAGCAUGGCCUCGCCUAUCAGAGUGGUCAGGUGUUAUCUGCUCUUCCUAGAACCUCUAGGCAAGUUGAAGUUCUGCAAAAUCUUACUACAAUCUAUGAGAUUGUUCUCUGGCAGCCAGUAACAGCUGAAUUAAUUGAAAAGAAAAAAGAAGUCCACUUUUUUGUGAAUGCAUCUGAUGUAAGCAGUGUGCAAGUCUUUCUAAACGAGAGCAGGAUUCCAUUCAGUGUUCUGGUGGAAGAUGUAGAAGACCUUAUCCAACAGCAGACUUCCAAUGACACAGUCAGCCCCCGGGCCUCCUCGUCAUACUAUGAACAGUAUCACUCACUCAAGGAAAUCUAUUCCUGGAUAGAACUUAUAACCAAGCAGUAUCCUGGCAUGCUCAAAAGAAUACACAUUGGAUCAUCAUAUGAGAAGAACCCACUUUAUGUUCUGAAGGUUUCUAGAAAUGAUCAACCAACCAAAGAUGCCAUAUGGAUUGACUGUGGAAUCCAUGCCAGAGAAUGGAUUUCUCCUGCUUUCUGCCUGUGGUUCAUAGGCUAUGUAACUCAAUUCUAUGGGAAAGAAAAUCUAUAUACCAGUCUUCUGAGAAAUGUGGAUUUCUAUGUGAUGCCCGUGAUUAAUGUGGAUGGCUAUGACUAUACAUGGAAAAAGAAUCGAAUGUGGAGGAAGAACCGGUCUCACCACAAGAAUAAUCGCUGUGCUGGAACAGACCUAAAUAGGAACUUUGCUUCCAAACACUGGUGCGAGGAGGGUGCAUCCAGCUUCUCAUGCUCUGAAACCUACUGUGGACUUUAUCCUGAGUCAGAACCAGAAGUAAAGGCAGUGGCUGAUUUCCUGAGAAGAAAUAUCAACCACAUCAAGGCUUACAUAAGCAUGCAUUCAUACUCUCAGCAGAUACUGUUUCCAUAUUCCUAUAGCAGAAGCAGAAGCAAAAAUCAUGAGGAACUGUCUCUUGUGGCCAGUGAAGCUGUCCGUGCAAUGGAGAGUGUUAGUAGAAAUACCAAGUAUACACAUGGCAGUGGCUCAGAAAGCUUAUACCUAGCUCCGGGAGGUGCUGAUGACUGGAUCCAUGAUUUGGGCAUCAAAUAUUCAUUUACAAUUGAACUUCGCGAUAAGGGCAAAUAUGGUUUCUUACUGCCAGAGCGAUACAUCAAACCGACCUGUGCAGAAGCUCUCGCUGCCGUUGCUAAAAUAGCCUGGCACGUCGUCAGAAACCCCUGAUGACAUCCUUGUCUCUGCUCCUUUAAUAUUACUG